AACAAAGUGAAUGUUGAACCCGAAUAUUCAGUUUCAACUCUUGGGGAAUGUAGACGUAAAACAGGUUGCCAAACGUUCGGAAUUAGAAAUUCAACAGUGGGGUUAAGAUGUAAGUGUGCCAGUUAUAGCCAGGUACAUUCGGGAACAUGUAGAAGAAAAUGCGAAGACGCAGAUCAAUAUCCUUGUGGUGACAAUACCGACACAAAAAUGUUCUCAAUUUAUAUGGUGGAAAAUGUUCCCCCUAGCAGCUUUUCACAGAACAUAAGAAGAAACUGUCUACUGUUCAAUUAUGGACGUGAUUUUUAUUGGGAGUCAUGCAGUUUAUCAACCACACCUUCCCUGUUAUGCAGUGACACCAACCUUUCAGAUCAAAACCAAAUGGCACAAAUAAAUCCUACAAGUAAUGCGAAAUGGGCUGUUGCUGUUGACAACUGCUUCUUUGGAAAACACUUCCCUGCGGCGAUACAAAGUAUUAAAAACGCGCAGUUCACAUACCAGAACGCCCAAGACUACUGGACAGGAAUAAUUAAAACAGAAUCAAUUAUAUCUGGGACUUACAUGUUAGAUAAUAACAUCAAUCCACCAGUGACGAAUGCAUAUUUGGAGAAGAUAAACCAUAUCGUUUACGUCAGAUUUGCUAACAAAAAUGAAUCGAGAAAAAGUUUGUGCGCAGGAGGUAAAGGUAAGUUUAGCAUAAGGAACAUUUGCAAAUACAAAUUAUUUGGGAUGAGUGGAGCCGAUUGA